AGCAGGCGCAGGAAGCCUAACCAUUCAAAGCAGAAGAGGCAGGAAGAGAGAGAGAGAGAAAGAGUUGAAGGGAGAGAGGGAGAGUGUGAAUAGCUUCCUGCAACGGUCGGAUUUCUAAGCCCUCUCCUGCUUUUCCAAAUCAUCACCGAAGAGGGGUUUUGGAUUCCGAAUGCACUCUGCCAAACGACCCCGAAGGAGAGAGACAGUUAAUUUCUGCCCAGAGGGAUAGGGAGAGAGAAGAGUUCGUCAUCGGUCGCCGGAGGUAGGGAACGAGAGCCGAAGAGAGAGAGAGAGAGAGAGAGAGAGAGAGAGAGAGAGAGAGAGAGAGAGAGAGAGAGAGAGAGAGAGAAGGACAGAUUUUUUGGUUCCUCCUAAAAAUUUCGAUGGCAAAGGAGAAGAAGGGUUUGAAGCAGAUGAAACCGAGGAAGAAGACCAAGUUCGAGGAGUAUCUAGAAAUGGAUAUGAAGAGAGGCGCCAUCUCAGCCGAAGAGGAUUUGGAGUUAGAACGAAAGCUUGCGAAGAAGCUCAAGGUCAAAAACGGAAAAUUACGUGGUCUCGAUGAUGGGAUCAAUAUAUUAACGGAUGGGAUUACGUCAGCCGUUUAUUCUGAAUUCGAUGGCCGUGAUGAUGAUAUCUCAAUUGCCAAAGAAGAAGAACAACAACAAGCUUCUGGAAAGAGUCCUUCGAGGAAGAAACAUCAGAAGAGGAAGUUGGUGAAGGACGCUGAGGACAGUGAGAUGGCAGGUGGCGAAACAUCGGAAGGAGCUGAGAAGGUGGCAGGUGUUAUUGACAUGGUAGAAGAGCCUUUUGCAGGGGUGGAUGCUUUGAAUGAGAAUGCGAAGUACGUGCCUCCUCAUUUGAGGCCGCGGGAAGGGAAUGAGUCAGAGGAGUGUUCUCAAAUGCGGCGGCGAGUGAAAGGCCUGUUGAACAGGCUCUCAGAAUCGAAUGUCGAGUCGAUCACAGAAGAGAUAUCUACGCUGUUUCGAUCUUUUGGUCGCAGCAUUGGUUGUCAGAUAAUCAGUGAGGAGGUUUUGGCAUCAUGCUCCGGUGGACCUCGUGGCAAUGAACAGUAUGCUGCUGUUUUUGCAGCUUUUGUGGCUGGGAUGGCAUGUACUGUCGGGAUUGACUUUAGUGCAAAGCUGAUUGCCUCCCUUGCUAAAUCUUUUGAGGUUGAAUACUCAAAGGAAGAUAGCCUUUCUUUACGUAAUCUGACCCUGUUACUCUCUUACCUCUGCAUCUUUGGCAUUUGUUCCAGUGAUUUAAUAUAUGACUUCCUGUCCAUGUUGAGCAAGCGCUUGACGGAGAUGGAUGUUGCUACAAUCUUAACUAUUCUACAAUGUUGUGGGAUGAAGUUAAGGGGCGAUGAUCCAACGGCCAUGAAAGAUUUCAUACUCAGCAUACAGAAAAGAGUUAACGAGUUGAAGUCACCUUCUGGAAGUGUGCCAGAUGGGCAGCUGAAAAUAAAUAACAAAAGAAUGGAAUUCAUGCUUGAAACCAUAUGUGAUAUCAAGAACAACAAAAGAGUAUCAAAAGUGGAUCCUGCUCCUCAUACUCGCUUGAAGAAAUGGCUACAGAAGUUGAGAGUAGAGGAUUCUUUACUUCGUGGGCUCAAAUGGAAGAAGCUUCUGGAUCCUGACAAGAAAGGCCAAUGGUGGCUGUCGGGGGAUACUGCCUCUACGACAGAUGAUGUCCGGGAAGUUGCAAGCACGAUUGACCUAGAGGUUCUAGAAGCUCAGAAAUUGCUGCAGCUCGCAGCUGCACAGAGGAUGAAUACAGAUGCCAGGAGAGCAAUCUUUUGUAUAAUCAUGAGUGGCGAAGAUUACAUUGAUGCAUUUGAGAAGAUUCUGAGGCUGGAUUUGCCUGGGAAGCAGGAUAGAGAAAUCAUGAGAGUCCUUGUAGAGUGCUGUCUGCAAGAGAAGCUGUUCAAUAAGUAUUACACUGUCCUGGCUUCCAAGUUAUGUAGUCAUGACAAGAAUCACAAGUUCACCUUACAGUAUUGCCUAUGGGACCACUUCAAAGAACUCGAAUCGAUGGAGCUAAACAGGUCAAUGAAUCUGGCAAGAUUUGUGGCAGAGAUGCUUGCAUCCUUCUCCCUUUCCCUUGCUGUUUUGAAAUCGGUGGACCUGAGUGAUCCCAUGCAACUCACUGCAAAGCGGGUUAUGCACUUCCGAAUGCUUUUUGAAUUUGUAUUCGAGAAGACUGAUGCACUCGUGUGGAACAUCUUCACCCGCAUAGCCAGGGCCCCUGAGUUGGAACUGCUUAGAAACAGCCUCGAGUUCUUCAUUAAACAGUACAUUGUAAGUGCCAGCAGAUCCUCCACCGGGAAAUUCAAGAUUGCCAAGAAGGCCCUCAAUAAUGUGACUGGAGUACUCAUGUGAAUCUUGCGCUGUUGUUUUUUGAAUGUCGCGAGUUUUUCUUUGGAUGUCGCAAUGUGAAACUGCAUUAUUAUUUAAAUCAGAUUUUCAGCAGAUUCAUGGGGCCCAUACAUAGCACAUACAUGAUGCUGAUUGGAUUUUUGUUUUGUGGAAGUCGAACAUAUGUUUCGUUUAAGCGGCCAUUGGGACCCAUCAUGAAUGGACGGUACCCUGGGAAUUUCCAAACUGGAUUAGUUCUA